GUCACUUCCGCGAUGCGAGUUGCCUCGAGUGGAGCGCUGCUCGUGAAAAAUUUCCACGAGAGGAAGACACUCUGCUCUUUACACGAGCCGAGUGCAAAAUUAAUUAUACGAAUAUAAAAUUUUACAUGAACGAGGAAACGAAUCUCUCUCGCGAGGGAGAGAGGAGGGGACGACUUGACAAAUAGUUUGUUGAGGAUUGUUUGGAAUCAGGAGAGGUUAAUCGGGUUCCCUAAUCGCGGAUUAUCGUAAUCGGAGUCCUCUGACGUCGUAAAUAAGAUUAUGACAUAAUAUUUUAUACAACGUUUUUAUGGUCCUGGUAUUUCGAGUUUGACGUAUCGCGCGUUGACGUUCGAUCCAUCACGACACCUGCUUUCAUCGCGAAGCGAUAAACAUGGCUCCAAUGAGUAAACUCUGUGGAUUGUCGAGCCAAUUGUUCAGGAAUAAAGCAUUUAUCUACAGCACGGCAAGAUGUUAUUCCGACAGACCGAUGCCAUGGCCUACACUCUGGCAACCCAAAAAAUAUCAGGAAAAGGAUCAUGAUAAAAGUGCCGAGAAGUAUAAUAUCCAUCCAAAGGAAUAUAAACCUCUUCCCCAGGAAGAAAGUCUCGGUGAUUAUCCGGAUCUGCCAUUGAUAGGACCAGCUGCUAAAGAUCCAUAUUAUCCGUAUGAUAUACCAACCUAUAAAAAGAAUUAUAUGGAACCGGUGCAUCAUGACUUUAAUAUAAUGGGUGAAGAUCGCUUUAGUUAUGGAUACAAGUACAGAAUCAAUCUAUAUGCAGGAACAGCAGCAUUUCUUAUAACAAUGACUAUUCUCCUUGGAAUUAGUUAUUUGUGCGAGCCAUAUCCUACAUUUAUGCCAAUGCUGGAAAAGCAAUAUCCGCAGAAAGGUAAAGUACAUUAUACAUUUGAACCAAAUUCGUAAAUAAUAUGAUUAGCCUGAAAUAGAUACAAUAAAAUAUGAAAAAUAACGGCGUCCGACGUUAUAUAUGUAUAUUGUAAUAUAUAAAUAGAUCUUAUUACAACAUAUGCCUUUUUAUAUGC